AUGAAGAUACCUGUGCUGGUUUCCCUCCUCCUCGUCCUGCGCACCUUUGUGGCACUGGAGACAGACCAGGGCGGCGUCUGCUCCGGUCAGCUCAACAACAGUCAGAACAUCACCGUGGUGGCGGCGCCUGGAGCCAAGGGAGAGCCGGGGACGGAGGGACCGCAAGGACCAAAAGGUGAGCAAGGUGAAAAGGGCGUGAGAGGUGCGCCAGGUAAGCUGGGUCCGGCCGGAACGACAAGUCAGAAGGGAGACAAAGGUGAACAGGGACCGGCAGGUGAGAAGGGAGACAGAGAACAGGGACCGACAGGUGAGAAGGGGGCACCUGGUACCAACCCACCUGCCCCAACGACCAGCCUUGUAAAUCAGCCUGAUGGUGUGAACACAGUGCUGACGUAUGACGUCAUCCUUAGCAACAUGGGCGGUGACUACAACCAGGAGACGGGGAAGUUUGUGGCAACAGUCGGAGGCGUCUACUUCUUCACCUUUACUGGUAUGACGCCGUAUUCCGGUUCCAACUACUUCGUCCAUCUCAUGAAGAAUGGUGCAAAGAUGGUUGGUCUUUACGAGCAAAACGGCGGAACCCCCCAGAACCAGUCCAGCAGUAACAGCGCCAUCCUGCAGCUGCAGCCUGGGGACGAGGUUUGGGUGGAGCUGGACUCUUACGGUCGUAGUUUGUAUAGCGACGAUGACAGGUACCUCACUUUCAGUGGGUUCCUCAUCCACGUCGUUUGAGUGAUAGAUACAGACAAGUGAUUAGCCGUACAGAGCUACAAUUCGAUUUGCCAAAUCAAUCUAGUUUACAAUUAGAAAUAUUCGAAUCGCAACAA